AGUGGCUGCGGAUGGUGACUCCUGAAAGUCACCGGUAAACAGACGGCGAGAGAAUUACCGGGGCGGGUCGGUGUUUAAAGAGAUAACGGAACUCCAACGGGUGUCAGACAUGGUUUAGGAACGUUACAGAGCAGCUCGGAGUUUCUUUUAGCAAAGAAAAAGUAAAAUAAAAUAAGAAUUACAGUGUUUUUACGGUGCUAGCGAACUAGCUUGUAGCGGUGAACAGCGGUUACAUCAGUUUUUCUGACUCAACCAAAGCAGCUCCGACAGAAACAGGUUCCGUUUAAGUCUAAAACGAUGGCAACGAGUCUGGGUAGAAUAUUCAGGAGCUUCCAGAGCAUCAGUUCGGUCUCAUUCAUGAAGACUGAACUCAUCCAUCCGCCUGCCAGCAGCUCGUUCAGGACCAGCUCUGUUUUCUCCAUACUGUCGCUGCCGUUGCCUUUUUCCUCCAAGUCGCGGGACUUCAGCCUGCCGAACUCGUCGUGGAACUCCGAGAUGAAGCGACUGUACGAACAUUACAACAGCCAGUGUGAGGUGGAGUCAGAGGAUGGAGAGAAGCAGAAGGGACUGUGGAGGAGGCUGCCGAGCUACAACCGAUCUCUGAAGUACGCUACAGGUGGCGUCUAUCUCAGCAAGCUCAUCCAGUCAAAGGCUCGUCUUUUCACCAGAAACAUCAAGGAGCAGGGGGCAGCAUUUGAGUAUGUACUGUUUAACAACGAGGAGGAGCAGAGGUGUGUGGGCAUCUUCCAGGCUGGACAUCUACUGGAGGGACCACCGGGAAACGUCCACGGGGGGGCGAUAGCCACAAUAAUUGAUACCGUGACGGGAACUCAUGCGACUCUUCUGUCUGGAACCGUGAUGACGGCAAACCUCAACAUCAACUACCGCAGCCCCAUCCCUCUGGGAGGAACAGUGCACAUCGAAUCCUCUCUGGACAGGAAGGAAGGAAGAAAAACCUUCCUUUCCUGCAGAGUGACGUCCACCGACGGCUCCAAGCUGCACACGGAAGCAACAGCUCUGUUCGUGUCCAUCAAUGUGAGCACAAUGCUGCUGGGAGGAUGACAACAACAACAACAACAACCUGCCACCUGAUCAAACGCGUGUGAUCAAAUGUGUGUGUGUGUGUGUGUGUUUUUGAAUGUGUGAGUAUCACUGAGGGAGUAGAGGGAGACAAACACUCCUCUAAAUAUCGUAUCAAUAUUAAUAUGUCCUCACUAACAUCUCUGUCUGGUCCGUUUACUCGUCUACCUUUUCUUACUGUUACUAACAUAAACAUAUCUAAACCUUAUUUAUUGAGUCGAAUGUUCAAGGUUAUUUAUAAAUUGUUAAAACUUUGGCAGUAUUAAUGGUUUUAUGUUAUUCUGGGGCCUUGAAGUGAACUUAUUUUUCAAAAUGUCUUGUACUUUAAUAUUUACUUUCCUCUAAUCAUUAUUGACGAUUUGUUGGUUUGUCAACAAAUAAAAAAGGUUUGCAACGGGAAAUAAAAACUGCUUUGGUUUUCUGUUUUGGUAAUUAUUGUAGGUUUUUUUCUUGAAUUAGAUGCAGGAUUAUGUCUAUAAUUUAGAUAUUUUAUUUUUUAAAAGUAUCUGUAUAAUUAGAUUUUUGUCUGCUGUGCAUAGACUAAGCAUAUUUUUUAAAAUUAAUUUUAAAUAUUUUGAAUAUUUUAAUAUUUUGAAAAUAAAUAUUAUACUUUUUACUUUUACACCAGAUGUACAGAGACACACACCUUCCAGAAAGUAGGGCUGGCCUGAAUAGCAAUUUCUGGGCUCCGGAUAUUCAGCGCCGAUUAAUGACGAAUAUCCGAAUAUUCGGUUCGGAUCGUAACAUCUGACGAGUCGAAUGCCGAUCGUGCGACAUCGUCCAGCGAGGGACAGGGGAGGGGAUGCAGUCCGAAUAUUCAGAUCUCAAAUAUUUGGAUACCAUCGUCACGACCGGAUAUUCGGGUCCAGCCCUACCAGAAAGUUCAACUUUUGUCUCAUCAGUCCAUAGAAUGUUCUCCCAAAGUCUUGGGGAUCAUUCAGAUGUUUGUUUGCCAAAGUAAGAUGAGCCUUAUGUACUUUUUAGCUAACAAUUGUUUUUGCCUUGGAACUCUGCUGUUGAUGCCAUUUUUGCCCAGUCUCUUCCUGAUUGUUGAGUCAUGAACACUGACCUUAACUGAGGCCAGGGAGGCCUGCAGGUCUUUAGAUGUUGUCCUGGGUUCCUUUGUGGCCUCCUGGAUGAGUUGUGCUGUGCUCUUGAGGUAAUUUUGGUCGUGAAGGUUCACCAGUGUUCCAUGUUUUCUCCAUUUGUGGAUGAUGACUCACCGUGGUUCGAUGGAGUCCUGAAGCUUCAGAAAUGGCUUUGUAACUCUUUCCAGACUGAUAGAUGUCAAUUGUUCUUGAAUUUCUUUGUAUCGCAGCAUUUUGUUGUAGCUUUUUGAGAUCUUUUGGCCGACUUCAUUUAGUCAGAUAGAUUCUGUUUCAGUGAUUUCUUGAUAUGGAGGUAAUCAGGUUUGGGUGUGGUCAGUGAAAUUGAACUGGCUUUCCAAAGAAUGUUAUUACCCACAGUUAAUUCAUGAUUUAACAAGGAGGGGAAUUAGUUUUUCACACAGGUUUGGAUAGCUUUUUUCCUUUAAAAUAUUAAAUCAAUAUUUAAAAACUG